CGUGAGCACUCUCCAUCCAGUUCAUUGCACGCUUCACUUCGGUCUGGCGAUGGGGUGGUGGCUGUCCCGAGCGCUGUGGCUCUCGGCGCUCGCCGUCGUCGCGGCCGGCGCGCAGGCGCAGCAGCUGUCGCCGGGGUUCUACAACGCGACGUGCCCGGCGCUGCAGGCCGUCGUGCGCCGCGGCGUGGCGCGCGCCGUCCGCAGGGAGCCGCGCAUGGGGGCGUCCAUCCUCCGCCUCUUCUUCCACGACUGCUUUGUCAAUGGGUGCGACGCCUCCGUGUUGCUGGACGACGUGCCGGGCAACUUCACGGGGGAGAAGAACUCGGGGCCCAACGCCAACUCGCUCCGCGGCUACGAGGUCAUCGACGCUAUCAAGGCCCAGGUCGAGGCCUCCUGCAACGCCACCGUCUCCUGCGCCGACAUCCUCGCCCUCGCCGCGCGCGACGCCGUCAACCUGCUCGGCGGCCCGAGCUGGACGGUGCCGCUGGGCCGCCGCGACGCGCGCAACACGAGCAUGAACGCCGCGAACACCAACCUGCCGCCGCCGGACGCGAGCCUCUCGACGCUCCUGUCCAUGUUCCGCGCCAAGGGCCUGGACGCGCGGGACCUGACGGCGCUCUCCGGCGCGCACACCGUGGGGCAGGCCCGCUGCGCCGUCUUCCGCUCGCACAUCUACAACGACACCGCCACCAACGCCACCUUCGCCGCGGACCUCCGCGCCAACGUCUGCCCCUUCACGGGCGGCGACGCCAACCUCGCGCCGCUGGACCCGCAGGCGCCCAACGCCUUCGACAACGGGUACUUCCGGGACCUGGUCGCCCGCCGCGUGCUGCUGCGCUCCGACCAGGCUCUCUACGGGAGCGGCGGUGGCAACGGCACCACGGACGCGCUCGUGCGCGCGUACGCCGCCAACGGGACGGCCUUCGCGGCCGACUUCGCCGCCGCGAUGGUGAGGAUGGGCAGCCUUGUGGGGAGCGGCGGCGAGGUCCGGCUUAACUGCCGGCGAGUGAACUGAUGAUUUAGCUGCACUGCACGCAGCACCGUUCUGCAUUCCUCACCAUCGUCAAUGGAUUAUUACUUUAGUUCAUGGCGUACGCUUUACAGACGAAU